AUGAUUACUGCAACCCAACUUGCCACCUUGAAAGAGCGCGCAUUGGCUAACAGAGACAAGGCGUACUGUCCGUACUCGAACUUCCGUGUUGGAUGCUGUCUGCUGGCAGAUGGGAAGUUCUACGACGGCGCAAACGUCGAAAACGCUUCCUACGGUGGUGCGAUCUGUGCCGAGCGCACGGCAACGGUCGUUGCUGUUUCGCAGGGCGUUCGUCAGUUCGAUGCUGUGGCGAUUGCUGCAGACCUCGAUGAAACAAUCUCGCCGUGCGGUAUUUGCAGGCAAGUUCUGCGCGAGUUCGCUGUUGUGGACAUGCCUAUCUACAUGUAUAGCAAGGACGGAUCUCAGGAGCUGGUGAUGUCGAUGGGCGAGCUCCUUCCUGAGAGUUUCGGUCCAGACCAGAUGGGCUAUUGGGUUGACAAAAAUGUUGAAGAAGGUAGCCCCGUUCAGGAAAAACAUUGCCGUGAACAGACCCUUGGACCGUGUGGCCUGUGGCCAAAGCUCCGACGGAUAGGAGGUGAUCAUCGGGGCAUACGCGAUGGCUUGGAAAGCAUAAACGAGGAAGAUGAACACAAUGAUUGCCUGACCAAUGUUUCUGUGGAGCUGGGCGUACACUGCCGUGAUGGUGGUGAGACCGAUGAAGGAGAAGAAGAGACCCGCGGUGGCAUAGAGGAACAGCGUUCUGCGACCAGCGAAGUCGACCAGAACGGCUCCUGUAAUUGCAACCAAGAGGUUGAACAGCUGAAUACACGCGUUCAGCAGGGUCUUUUUCCAGGUGGCAGUGAUACCGACAGAUGUCAGAACACUGCUCAAGUACCAGGUGACAAUUCCCUGUCCGUUCCACGCAAAGGCAAUACCGAGGAAACACGAAAUAAACAAACGUUUGCGGUUUCCCGGUGUGGAGAUGAGAGAUUUCCACGAGGAAAUGUUGUUGGCACGCAGCGCCUCGAUACCGGCUACCACCCAGGCGCACAGAACGGAUCCGAAAUAAUAAAUAGCGUGGUAAGCAGCAGAGAAUUUUCCACGAGUGGUUGGGUAGGCGAUUUCCGAGAUCCACACCGAAGCGGCAUAGUUGCACGAGAAGGAGAAUCCCAUAAAGAUUCUCGACACGAUGUAGGUAGCUGGGUUUUUGGCGGCAGCUCCCAGAAUCGAACCAAUCCAAAUACACAGCACGGUCAUGUAGAUCACAACUUUUCUCCCAAAUCGGUCACAGAUCCAGGGGACGAAGAAAAUGGUACCACAGGUACCAACAAACGGCGAAGCAGAGAUGAAUCCGAGCCAGGUACCUGUUGGGUCGUUCAUGAACGUAAGCCAGGCCGGGAUAUUCUGAAUUGA